UUUGCGAAAUUGGCCAAACAGGAGAAGUUCACAGCUGAUUGACGUUCUCUAAGUUUAUCAUAUUAUUGUUAUAUUAUUAAAUUUUGUAUAUACAUACAUAUUAAUAAUAUUAGUGUACAAUAAGAUAAUAAAUGAUAAGAUUACAAUCCGGUAAUCAAUUAGAAAGAGUGAGCAAAAACAUUUGCAAGUGAAGAUGUAGUUUGAAAACCAAAAAAAUGUGUUUUUUUUAGAGAAACCUUAGGAAAACACGUCAAAUUACCGGCAAUCAAGGUUUAACAUUGAAAUGAGUCAGAAAAUAUUGGAUAAAUCAAUAUUAUUUUGUGAUUUUGAAAUAAAUAUAAAUAAAUACAAUUGUGGAAUAUUUGGCGAAUCGUGGUUAAGUGAUUAGUUAAAAAGGAACUUCUUUGCUCAUCUAUAGUCCAAUAAGUUGACUUUGAUAUCAAUAAUACUCAAAUACGGACUUUGAGCACUCAUACUUAUACUAUAUUCUGCAAGAUGCUGGAUUCCCUUUACAAUUAUUGGGCAAAUUUACCAGGUUAUCAUGUAUUAGGUUUCGGAUUAAUCGCUUAUUUUACCUAUUAUCUUAUACUAGUGGUUAAACGCCCCACAUUUGUUUGCGCCGAAGGACCACUUAAAAAUUAUCUUCUGCGGGAAAUACCAACAUUGAGUGUUAAGUUUUGGCCUACAUUUUGGUGUUUAGACAGUCGCGCUCAAACAGUUUUUGCCAGUGUCUUACGUUCCAAAGUUAUACCUCCUAUUAGCUAUGAAAGGGAAAUUUACACUCUGAAAGAUGGAGGCGAAGUAGCUUUGGACUGGAUGGACACGAAUUGUAAUUCAAAUUCGCCUUGUAUUAUUAUUUUACCCGGCUUGACAGGUAAUUCUCAAGACGAAUAUGUAAAGUGCCUAGUAUACGCGGCCAAUAAUUCUGGCAUACGUGUUGUCGUCUUUAAUAAUCGCGGACUUGGUGGUGUAACUAUUAAGACGCCACGCCUCUACAAUGCCUGUAACUGUGAGGAUUUGGCUGAGGUAGUGCAACAUGUUCGAAAUGUAUUGCCUGCACACUGCAAAAUAGGAGCAACUGGUGUUUCGAUGGGUGGCCUAGUGUUGGGUAACUAUUUGGCACGUAGAAGCCAGGAAGCGCAGACAUAUUUGUCGGCAGCUAAAAUAAUUUCAGUACCUUGGAAUGUGCAUAAAGCUAUUGAUAGUAUAGAACAACCUAUUUUAAAUAAUCUUCUCGGACGUAUAUUAACACAAAACAUGUAUCGUACAUUAAAGAGAAGUGGAUUGCACGAACAUCAGGAACUCGAUAUGAAAAGUAUUAAAACGUGCAAAACAAUCAGAGAAUUCGACACCAAUUUUACCAUUAAACAUUUUGGUUAUCCCAGUGUAGAAGAUUAUUACAACGAUGCUACUUUGCAAGAUAAAUUGCAUCACAUCUCCGUGCCACUACUGUGUUUGAGUGCUGCCGAUGAUCCAUUUCAACCGCUUGAUGCCAUUCCCAUCAAAGCCGCAAACGAAAGCAGUCACGUGGCUAUUAUCGUAACUGCUCGUGGAGGCCACAUUGGAUUUUUAGAGGGAUGUUUUCCUUCGGCUAAAGAUCAGUACAUAAGUCGUGUUUUCGUCGAAUACUUUACUAAAGCCUUAUUUGACGAAGAAGGUGAAUUUCAACGAAUUAAAGAAGAUCUUCACCGAACAUACCUUGAGAAACAUAGUGAUUUCAAAGUUUAAUGUAUUAUUUAAACAUAUUUACUGAGUAUUUAACUGGUUAAUUAAAUUAAUAAGUUGUUACUAAAAAUAUAUAUGAAUUAAUAAAAAAGAAAAGAUUAAGUUUUCAC